UCGCGGUGCUUUCCUGUUAGCUCCGCUCAGAUCAGAAACCUCCGGGAUGUUCUCCCUGCUGCGGAAAAGGUCCUACGAGAAGCUGCCUGUGCGGAUAGUGGAGGAUCACCAUCAUGUGGUUUAUCACAUCUACAGAGCCGUCGCAUCAAGACAUCUGCCUCUCAGUAACAUCAAGAUGCUCCAUCUGGACUCCCACCCUGACCUGCUCAUCCCCGUCAACAUGCCUGCUGACACGGUGUUCGAUAAGGAGAAGCUCCUCAGCGAGCUGAGUAUAGAGAACUGGAUCCUGCCCAUGGUGUAUGCGGGUCAUUUAGGCCACGUGGCGUGGCUUCACCCUUACUGGGCUCAGCAGAUCAAAGAAGGAGAGCACAUGUUCAACGUCGGCCGAGACUCGUCCACCAACACCAUCAGGGUGACCAGUUCUGACAACUACUUCCUUAGUGACGGUCUGUAUGUUUGUGAUGAGCAGCUGCAGGACUCAAAGCUUCUCAGACUAAACGUAGUCGGAGUUCAUCCUGUCCAACCAGCUCCAGAGCUUGACACAAAGAACGAGUCGCUGAGCAAAAAGCUUCGGACGGAUCUGAGUGAGGAUGGGCAACUCUCCUCAGCAGCAACUUCCACAUUGUUGCCAGAAGAGGGCAGCAGCUGCCAGGAAGGGCUGAGCAGCAAUGGAACCCACCGUGUAGAUGAAGGACAAACCAGUUCUGUUGUUGGGAGAUUAACUACAUUUCUUGGUGAAGCCAAUCUAUACAUCCUGGACAUUGAUCUAGAUUUCUUCUCCUGUAAAAACCCAUUUAAAGAAAUGUACACUCAGGAGGAGUUUUCCCUUCUGAAGGAGCUGUACGCCUUCAGAGAACCCAGCGUUGGUGCUGAUGAGGCGGAGCUGGAGGACUGUGUUGACCGUCGUAUUCGUCAGUUAGAAGACCUGGAGGCAGCGUUUGCUGAUCUGCUGGAAGACGAUGGAGAAGAGAUGGUUGCUCGAUGGGCAGCGAAGCCGGGGAUGUCCUCCUUAACUCAGCUGGUCUCCUGUUUGAAGGCAAGAAAUUCUUCACCUGACUAUGAGAUGGUUCACCAGGCAGGACUCACCUGUGACUCGAUGGAGCUGCCGCAUCAUAUCAGCACAGAGGAGGAGAUCGAUGGACUGAUCUCUGCCGUGCAGCAGGUCCUCAGGCGUCUGCCGUCACCCACACUGGUCACCAUGUCCAGGUCCAGUCUGGAUGAAUACUGCCCAGCUGAGCAGGUGGACUCGGUCCAGGAACGGGUUCUGGCUGUUCUGGAGGGUCUGUAUGGUGACCUGGAUGUGCAGAAAGACUAUGAAAGCAGCGAAGACGCUGAGGACUGCCAGCCAAGGACAUCUGAAAGCAGCAAAGACGCUGAGGACUGCCAGCCAAGGACAUCUGAAAGCAGCAAAGACGCUGAGGACUGCCAGCCAAGGACAUCUGAAAGCAGCUCACAGAACGACGCAUCUUUUAGAGAUGGCAGUGGUUUAGCAGCUCCAACAUAACUGGGUCAGAACCUGGUACCAUGAACUAUUGGUGUUCACUUCAGCCUUUCUUUGGUCAAACUAGCCAACUGAUAAAGGAAGUUUGUUUUAACAGAUUCAGUGUCAUUUUCUCUGAUUUACCGACAGUCUGCUGUAAAUAAAUGUAGUUUUAAGAAUCCAUCCAGUAUAACCCUAAAGCAGGAACCACCAGUCUGGGAGGUCCAAUACAACAGCAACACAAAGUUAUCUGAUAUUUAAGAUCUCUGACAAUUUCAACAAUUUUGUCUUAAUAUUCAAGAUAGAUGGGAUGAUGGACAUGAAAUGGAAAUGUGGCUUUUAACAGGUGGAGCAGCACGUUGAUCCAAAUAUGGCCUUAGAUAACUAUCAAUACAAACACAUGGGUAGCUGUUAAAUUGUUUAGUGUAAGUAGAUAAACGUCAAUUUAAGAUUUGUAUUUUUCCUCCCUCGUUUGGUUAGCAACACACCACAUCACAUGGUUAACUCACAAGGCUUCUCCAACCAAUGAGACCAUGGUCUCAUGUGAUGUCAUGGAUGUUAAAAUCUCCCACUAUGAUGACCCUGUCAGUAUUUAAUACCAAAUCAGAAAGGAACUCUGAAAACUCAUCUAAACAUUCAGAGUAAGGACCUGGUGGACGAUACAAAGUUACAAAAAGAAGAGGUUUUCUGGCUUUGAAAUUUGGAUCAGGGAAAUUAAGGGUUAAAUGUUCAAAGAGUUGUAGGUAUUAACUGUUUUGGGAGUAAUCAGUAAGUCAGACUGGAAGAUUGUUGCUACUCCUCCUC